AGGGUAGGGGUGCUGGAGGCGCUGUGGCAAAGCAGUGUCGAUAAGAGAGAGAGAGAUAAAGAGAGAUUGAUGGAGAGAGCGGGAGAGUGAACAGCUCUAUGUAAACAGGGUGUCAGAAAAGAAAGUGCAGGGACGUUUUCAGCCUGCUAAGGCUGGGAAAAUAAUCACAUACGAUCUGCAAAGCAACACUCACUAGGGCAGAGAGAGAAACGGAGAGAAGAGAGAGACAGGGAGGAAACUGAACAGAGAGAGUCGGUGACAGUGAAAGAGACAGAGAGUGAAAGAGAGAGACAGAGAGAGAGGAAGCUAUAUAGCAACAGAGCGAAGGAGAGGAACUAAGCAAAAGGGAGAGAGAGGAAAAAAAGCUUAAUUAAUUCAGGCUGAAUGGGAGGGAGGGAUGUUGCUGCCUCUGCCGGGGCUCCAGUGCCUUUGCUGUGCCUCUCUGUGUAGCUGGAGCUGUGUAGCUGGAGCUGUGUUGUGUAGCUGUGGCUCUGCUCUUUGUAGCUAUAGCUGCCUGUUUGUGUUGUGAGGGGCUCGCUGCUCUGCUCACGGGGGAAGGGAGAGCAACCUAUGCCCCGGGCAGCUUGGAACGGACUGCCUAUCAACCCAUACUGAAGGAAGGAACACGCACACAGACAGCAAAACUACUGGGAUGGGCAAAGGUCAAUAUAGGUCAUUGGUGCAGUAGACCUGCUAAGGGACCCUGUGUGGAUUGACUGUGGGCUGUGGACAUAUCACUUCCUACCAGAGAUGAGGGGAACAGCUUGAGUCUGACGUCAGAGAGCGGGAAAGACCUAGAGACCUGUCUCUAGCUGGACCUCCAUAUCACAUACUGCCGUCAUUAUCCCCCUUCCCCCACACCACCAUCACUGGCAUCUGUUUCUACCACCACCUCCACUCACUGGGAAGGAUUUGGGAUGACAGUUAACCUCCUCAGCUCUAUCUCACUCCUCCUCACCACCCAGGGAUAACCAGCACUAGAACCUCUGUACCCUGAGAGGCACACUACCACCCUCCCUCACCUCCCCCCAGCUGGCAUCAUGAUGGGAGAUGGAGUUGGGAACUGGGAGUGUCUGAGUCCGUCUGAGUUUGGUCAGCUGCAGCAGUACAGCGAGUAUUCCACCAAGAAGCUGAAGGAUGUUCUGGAGGAGUUUCACGGUGAAGGAGUCCUCUCCAAGUACAAUCCUGAGCAGAAGCAAGACGUUCUCAACCAACCCAUAGACUAUGAGGGUUUCCAGCUCUUCAUGACCACAUACCUGGAGAACGACAUCCCUGAGGAACUGUGUCAGCACCUGUUCACCUCCUUCAAGAGCAAGACAGGGGGCUGCUCUCCUGAGGUGCCCCGUGCUGGUGCAGGACUGCUGGAGCCACGUUCCAUUGAUGCAGGCAUCUCUAUACAGACUGAAGUGGCCUGUGCCCCCAUAACAGGAAUGAAUGGGAAGAGCAUCCUGACAGCAAUGGGCCGGCACACGCCAGAGCAUUCCAUUGUGAUGGCCACAUGUUCAGGUGCCGUGUCUACCUCUCCCUGCUCCUCCCGUUCCUCCUCACAGCGCUCUGGGACAGGGGCCCACACACCCAGGGGUUCCUACCACUCACCUGCCUGCACCCAAGCCAAACUCUCCACAGGUAGCAGUAGUAAUGCUCUGACCCCCACCCCAGCCAAGUCCCCAGCCUCCCCUCGCCUCUCCCCAGAGAGGAUCAGAACGGAGAAGAGGAGGAGUCCGUCACCCCAGAAGGGCUCCCCCUUACCCUCCCCCCAGGUGGUGUUUCUGAAGGACAUUGUGUGUUACCUGUCCCUGCUGGAGAGGGGCACACCAGAGGACAAGCUGGAAUUCAUGUUCCGGCUGUACGACACAGAUGGCAAUGGAGUACUGGACAGCUCGGAACUGGACCGCAUCAUCAAUCAGAUGGUCCACGUGGCAGAGUACCUGGAAUGGGACUCUACAGAGCUGCGACCAAUCCUGAAGGAGAUGAUGGAAGAGAUAGACUAUGACCGAGACGGAACAGUCACUCUGGAGGAGUGGAUCAGAGGAGGCCUCACCACCAUCCCUCUGCUGGUCCUGCUGGGUAUGGAGACGAAUGUGCAGGAGGAUGGGCAGCAUGUGUGGAAACUAAAGCACUUCAACAAGCCAGCCUACUGUAAUUUCUGCCACACCAUGCUGCUGGGAGUCCGCAAGCAGGGUCUCUGCUGCUCUAUAUGCAAGUACACAGUCCAUGAACGCUGUGUAUCCAAAGACAUCGCUGCCUGCAUCAGCACCUACGCCAAGUCCCGCAGACACACUAAUGCUAUGCAGCACGUGUGGAUGGAGGGAAACUCUCCCACUAAGUGCGACCGCUGUCACAGAAGUAUCAAGUGCUACCAGGGCUUAACGGGCCUACACUGUGUGUGGUGUCAGAUCACUCUCCAUAAUAAGUGUGCGUCCAACAUGAAACCGGAGUGUGAUGGAGGAGCCCUUAGAGACCACACUCUACUCCCAUCCUACAUCUGCCCUGUAGUCCUGGACCGUCAUUCUGUCAUGAAGCGGGGUGAAGGGGACUCCCCGCCCAGCACCAGCCCUGACGACCCGAGUCAAAGCUUCAAAUUCACAGGAGACGGACAAGCACUGCAGAUCACUCCUCUCCCAGGCACACAUCCCCUCCUGGUCCUGGUCAACCCAAAGAGUGGCGGGAGACAAGGGGAACGGGUAUUGAGAAAGUUCCAGUACCUACUGAACCCCAGACAGGUGUACAGUCUAGACCGAGAGGGACCCAUGGUGGGGCUCAACUUCUUCCAUGAUGUCCCUGAUUUCCGGGUGCUGGCGUGUGGAGGGGAUGGGACAGUGGGAUGGAUCUUAGACUGUAUUGACAAGGCCAACUUCACCAGAGAUCCCCCUGUGGCCAUCCUCCCUCUGGGCACAGGGAACGACCUGGCAAGAUGCCUACGCUGGGGUGGAGGUUAUGAAGGAGGCAGUCUUCUGAAGUUCCUGCGGGACAUAGAGCACAGCACAGAGAUGGUUCUGGACCGAUGGAACAUCGACAUCGUCCCUGUAGACAAGGAGGAGAAGGGAGACCCUGUCCCCAACAGCAUCGUCAACAACUACUUCUCCAUCGGAGUGGAUGCGUCCAUCGCUCAUCGCUUCCACUUGAUGAGAGAGAAGCACCCAGAGAAAUUCAACAGCAGAAUGAAGAACAAGUUGUGGUACUUUGAGUUUGGCACCACAGAGACCAUCUCUGCCACGUGCAAGAAACUCAACGAGUGUAUCGAAGUGGAGUGUGAUGGUAUCAUCCUGGACCUCAGCAGCACGUCGUUGGAAGGCAUCGCCGUCCUCAACAUACCCAGCAUGCAUGGCGGCUCCAACCUGUGGGGCGAGACCAAGAAGAGGAGGAACUACAGCCGCAUGAGCAAGAAGGUUCCGGACAGGAUGCCCGCCAGUACCGUCACUGAUAUAAAGGAGCUCAAAUUCUGUGUUCAGGACCUGAGUGACCAGUUGCUAGAGGUGGUGGGUCUGGAGGGGGCCAUGGAGAUGGGGAAGAUCUACUCAGGCCUGAAGAGUGCUGGCCGUAGACUGGCCCAGUGUGCUAACGUCACCAUCAGGACAUCCCGGCUGCUGCCCAUGCAGAUCGAUGGGGAGCCUUGGAUGCAGCCCCCAUGCACGAUCAAGAUCACACAUAAGAACCAGGUUCCCAUGCUACUGGGCCCUCCUCAGAAGACCCCCUUCUUGUUCUUCAAGAGACGCAACAGAAGUCGGGACUAUGAGUGAGGAGGACACUUCAAACUCCCCCCUCUUCACAAACACAUUCACCAACCUCUUGGGACAACUCAAUAGGUCCCACAGACCAAGUCAUUGCCCCUUGGACCUACAGUACCACUUCAGAAUGAACUGACUUCCUCUCAGUGUAAUGACCACUUCCUGUGUAUCCAUGUUCUAGCUUCUAGAACUUCCUGUGAACUCUGAACUCUGACCCUGUCACUGGCACACUAGCUCAGUCAACCCCAGCUCCAGACUCAGCUUCAGCCCAGACCCAUCAGUAAUGCCACACUGCCUUGGCAAAACACAGUGCCAGCAGCAUAUAGGUUCAUCUAGGAUACUGCCUUGGUUCUCAAAUGGAGGGAUAGAUAGAUGGAGUGAUAAGGAAACACAUAAAGAGAGAGAGAGACAAAGAGAGAAGCAGCCGAAGGGGAAAUGGGAAGAAAAGAAAGAGUGCAAAAGAGAGAGAGCAAGGAAUGGGAUGAUUGACAAACAGCAUAUGAAAGUAGUGUGUGUGUGUGUGUGUGUGUGUGUGUGUGUGUGUGUGUGUGCGUGCGUGCGUGCGUGCGUGCGUGCGUGCGUGCGUGCGUGCGUGCGUGCGUGCGUGCAAGUUCUCCUUUCUCUUUGAGGAGCCCGUUGAAUAAUGGAUCAGAGCUUGUAGAGUAUUCACUCCAGUGUCUCUCCACGGCACAGAACACUGCACUGCCUGAGAGAUGAAACGGAAAGAGAUCAUCUAUUAUUGACUGCUUCGUUUACGCUUGACGGUGGCAGCAGGGCAAAACACACAGUAACAAUGGCCUGGGAAGCAUGGGAAACUCAAACUAACAUGCAGGGAUUUUUGCCCCCCAGCAUAUUUGCUCACAACAACCAUCUUUAGCCUAGUUUUGUAGAAUAUCAAUAGCUGAUCUGGUGUCAGGUCAAACAGAUGGCAGGGACUGGAGGUUUGUCUAUCUUCAUGUGGCUUAUUCACAUACUGUAGACAGGUCACCACACCAUCUUAGUAAGUGUAUAAACCCCUCUGAGACUCAGUCACACAGGCCAUCAACUUAGACUGGUUUUAUUGUUCUCCUCCAAAUGGCAAGGCCAUUGGUCCUUCGAGCCAGACCAGUGGAACAGAGCCCAGUGUACAGGGGAGACCAAAAGAGGUUGGAGAGAGACGUGGACCUUACUUAUAUGUAUCACUGUAGCGACGUGAGAUGAGAGAGGAGUCCCAUGUCCCCCUCAGAAGUGCCCAGUAGGAUCAGCUAUAGGUUGAAGAAAGAAACCCAGUGUAGAGAAGACCAAAGGAGUUUGGGGUGAGGAGUGGACUAGAUAUAUAUCACUGUAGAGAAUGUGAGAUGAGUCCAUUGCCCAAUCAGAAGAGCCCAGUAGGACCUCUAUAAGAGCAGAGUUCAGUGUAGAGGGAGAGGAGACUGAAGGAGGUUGGGUAGGCCCUUACUGUAAUGUUACAUGUAUCACCGUAGAGAUGAGAGAAGUCCCGAUCAGAAGUGCCCACUAGGAUAGCUUUAGGUUGAAUAAGCAGUAGUGCCUGCUGCCUAGCAGGAUAUCUAUAGGUUGAAUCAACAAGCCUCAUCCAUAGGUUGAAUCAACAAGCCUCAUCCAGCUACAGAUAUUCCAGAAGACUUUGAGAGAUUGAAAUGGAUUCAGCUACCUCGUGCUGGUAUAUAACAGCCUGCCCUGACUGCCCCAGGUCUUAGGGGUCUGAUUUACCAUAACGUGGACAGGAACUAAAUUUAACCUGCUAUUUUGGGAGGAUCUAUCCUGUGAAACACUAUUCCUAAUUACAGUGUAAAAACAUCAGCUCGCAAUGUGAAGUGUCCAAGAGUGCAAAACUAGGAGGCCAGGGAUGAGGGCUCGCUGGCUGUAAAAUGGUGGGUGUUAUUCCAAUCAUGUUUGUUGCUGGAUGGGACCAUUGAAGCAACAGGAAGAUAUGUUAUCAAUUGAAAUGGGCUGAACUGAAAAUCACACAUAGGAGUCAAACCUAACGGCAAAAGCUGAACAGGCAAGACACCCGUGUGGCAGAAUGUGGUAUCCAUCUACUACGAUAUACCACUACCCGUAUGAAAAUAUUACUGUCCCAACAAUAGUGGCCAACUAUAUAUGUGCAGAUACAGUAUUUGUAUAUUCUGGAAGAUGGUGUAUUACACAUAUAUUUUUAUUUUAUUUUAUUUAACCUUUAUUUAACUAGGCAAGUCAGUUAAGAACAAAUUCUUAUUUACAAUGACGGCCUAGGAACAGUGGGUUAACUGCCUUGUUCAGGGGCAGAACGACAGAUUUAGUUUUUGUGUUUUUAAUAAUAUAUUAUUAGUGUAGAGCUUUGAGGCAUCGCACUGAGCAAACACUGAUUGAAUCAAUGUUGUUUCCACGUCUAUUCCACGUUGAACCAAAGUAGAAUAGACAUUGAAUUGACAUCUGUGCCCAGUGGGAUAGUAUAGAAGAGUACAUACAGAUCAGUGUUCUUCAGUGUCUGGGGCUGGUUCACAACACAUUCCCUUUGGUGUCGAGCACCCUCAUACCCUAGGAUGUAGGGGUUAGGGUGCAGGGCCCAGGGGGGUGAGGGCAGAGUAAGCUUCCAUGGUACACUGAGUUUUUGUCCCAAAUGGCACCCUAUUCCCUUUGGGCCCAGGUCAAAUGUAGUGCACUGGGUAGUGAAUAUGGUGCCAUUAGGACUCACCAGAGCACCACUCACGGGGCGAGGCUUUGAUGUCUUCGCCCCGAGUUCCCUUUAAAACCACACUGAGCCGAGACUCUCGUGUCCAGGCCCCACUAAAACAGAGACACAUGUCCAAUGACCAUGGGGUAGAGGUAAAACAGUGGUUUAGUCCCAAGGCACCCUAAUCCUAAUAUAGUGUACUGCUUUUGACCAAAACCCUAUCAAAAGUAGUGCACUAUAUACGGAAUAGGGUGCCAUUUGGGACAAAGCCUUUAUCUCUGUGGACCACAGGUUCUGACCCUGCAACACCUCUAACCAGUACGUAUGGGAAACAUUUCAAUGACCACAUCACCUCUACAAUCCUAACAUAGCAUCAUUGGUCGACGGUCAUUGGACACAUUUUUUGUGUGUAGUCCUUACGGAGCCUGGAUCGAGGCGACUCAGUAAAAAGUGUGCAUGUUUACAGUUUACUUUUCAUUAAUGGGAAAGGAUGAUUUUAAAUUUAAACAGUUAUAAUUAUGUGUAAAUAGAUAUUUGAUUAUAUAUUUUAUCUCACCACCGCAUGCCUGCUGAAACAAAGGAGACAGAAAGAAAUGUCUGUCUGCUUGAGGAGAGACCACGCUGAUUGUUGCAACCCCCUCCCUCAAGCUAGGACCUGUCCUGCUGUCGGGUCAUAUUAGCUAUUCAACCCCCCAACCAAUCCUUUGCUUAAAAACCCAUGACCUUGUGUAUUUACUUUGUCUUUCCCUGUUGGUAGCUAGCAUAGCAUGUUGAUACUUCUGUGCUAGAAAAGGACAGUGAUGGCUUGUCUUGGUCAAAUAUAGAGACUUUCCAGGAGAAAUGUACACCAUUGCCAAGCGGCCAUUUUGUGAUUCAUCAUCUGGAGAUGGAAGAGAGACGCCGACAUGACAUCACAACCACAGAACUUAAUCCUAUCAGACGCUAUAUCAAUCCUCAAUGUUUGUGUUAUUCACCAGUCACCACUCAUCUCCAAUUCUGGUCAUCAGAAAUGAUCAAUAGCCUUAACUAACAAACAAAAGGAGCGGCUCUCUCGUGCUUUCUCUGCCAGGACACAACAACAGCACAAUUGCAAUACAAGCCACUGACUUAGAAGGAGUAAAACAAUAUAUAGAAACAAGUCAAAGAAUGAUGGUGACUAUCUCCUCUUACCCUGUGUUGCAAUAACUCACUGCCAUCACCAACUACCCGCCUGGUCUGUACCAUCACUGCCUAUGGUGUUGGUCCACUUCCACUUCCAACUACAUCCACUUCUAAGAGGAUUUGGUUUAGCCCAGGUUGUCAACGACGUCUGUAGAAUGUGGCCUCUCAUCAUUUUAAAAAGUAGGAGGGCCGGUGUGAGGACAUCCGUUUUCUUGUUGACAGAGUGUCCCUUGGCGGGUCCUGGUCAAAAGUAAUGUACAGUAUAUGGAAUAGGCUGCUGUUUGGGACAACACCAGUAAGUUGUCCACCGUGAUGCAGCAGGGAUUUCUAUGUACUGCACCGCAUCCACUGUUAUAAACAUAGCCAUAGCGUGUGGCCGUGGCCACUGUCUUUGUUGAUGUACAUGAUGUGAUGUGACUUGUUGAAACCACGCUGCCUCUGAGGUAACCUAAUGUAGGAGGUGUAAAAGAAAGGCCUGAAACUAGAUGCCGUACAUACUGGUCUUGACAAGAAGAAGAAAAAAACUGUCAGGGGAGGUUCUCUUCUGCACUGUUCAACCAAUCCAGUAAAUGUGGAGGAGGAGUUAAGACGGAGUGUCGCCUUGCUAACGUCCAAAAGCGGAAAUCGCGUCACAGGUUCUCUUUUUCAUUUCCACUGAAAACCAGAACAUCCUGUUGUUGGGAACUCGGCAGAGGCUGCCUCUGAGGUGACCUAGAGGAGGGAGUUUGAGUGGUGGUUAAAGGGGGUGUUUGUGGUGGUGUUUGUGGUGUAUCAAAUAAACCAAUUAUGAUGAUAGUAUACACAGUCUAUUACAAUUAGGAUCGUGUAGUUAAUUAAUCACUAAUAUCUACAUUCUUCCACUGAAUUGAGACAACCGGGCACAAAAAAGGCUCCCAUAUCCACACAAGCAUACCAUUUAGAAUAUGGCCAAUACGUUGCUGCAUUUUAAGUAGUAUUUCAGUUGGGAUUAUUGGAAUGGAGCCAAAGACAGUCUUCGUCACCAUCCUCCCCAUGUGUAACUAUUAUCCCCUUGUCUCCACUGUCACUCCCGCUUCCGACCUUGUUUUAUUUCCACCUUCAGAGACUCACAUAGGCAGUGAGGUUUAUCGUACUGUCACUGUCGUUGGUGCAAUCCUAUUCUUAGGCAUGGGCAGAUUAACUAACAGUAUUGAGUGACACUAGUGGCCAGGACACAUGCAGUAGAGCCAUGCAUACAGUCCAUUUCAUUCCUGAGUGUGAUGUUCUACAUGUAUGUAUAAACCCAUAGGCCUGUUGUGUUUACCAUAGAAAUAUAAUUAAUAGAAAGGGCUUGGAACAUUUGAUAAUAGAAAUUUGACUGCUAAAUUCAUGGGUACACUCAAAAUGGCUGCCAGUCCUCCCAUUAUUGCAUCAUUGACUUGAAUGGGGAGGCCCGUUCUACUUCUUCUAGUUCUGUGGUGUUUACCCCCUCAGGGUCAGUGUGGUAUGUAGCUAUCCAUACGCCUGUAGCACCCAAUGAGGAUCAAGGGCAGACAGUGACAGUAGCCCCCCCACCCACCCACUCCCUCUCUGUGAUUGGACAAAAAGAGGACCGUGAAUCAAUAUUCUCAUCUUGUGCCCUAGCUGCGUCUACUGUCUGUCAUUCUUCCUCGCUGGUAUGUUUGUUAGCUGUAUGUUGGCAUCCUCCAUUUUGAUGGACAAAAGAUUUAUCAAAUAAACAGAGGUUGAAUAUGCUAUGCACUCUGUUGGGUUUUGUUUUGGUGAUAUGGUCCAAUGAG